GGAGCCAUGAGCAUCCCGGACUUCCUGCUGGAGGUGUCCCUCGUGGCUUCCGCCGUCGUCUCGUUCGUGACCAACGUGUCCGUGCUGCUCUGUUUCACGCAGAGCGCAGAGUUGAGGUCCCACGUGCCGGGAGUGUUCGUCCUGAACCUGUCCUGCUCCAACAUCCUGCUCGCCCUCAUCAACAUGCCCGCCACUUUUCUCGGCGUGGCGACGCGCGCGCAGCCCUUUGGGGACCUGCUGUGCCGCGCCGUGAGUUUCUCUGAGACUUUCUUCAGCUCGAACGCGAUGCUGAGCAUGGCCGCGCUCAGCGUGGACAGGUGGGUGGCCGUGGUGUUCCCCCUCAGGUACUCCAGUAAGAUGCGCCACAGGGACGCUGCUCGGAUCGUAGCCGGCUCCUGGCUGCAGUCCCUCACGUUCUCUCUGGUCCAGCUCAUGAUGGACUGGGGGGGAUACAGCCACACAUACGCCUCGUGCACGGUCCACCUGGACGCAGUGCGCGCGUCCCAGCUGAGCGCCUAUGCCACGUUCACGGUGCUGCUCCACUGCAGCAGCUUCGGGCUGAGCCUCCUCGUGCUCUGCGUGGCCUACCUGAAGGUUCUGAGGGUGGCCCGGUCCCACUGCAAGAGGAUAGACGUGAUCACGGUGCAGGCGCUGCUGCUCCUGGUGGACAUGCACCCCAGGGUGAAGGAGCGGUGUUUGUCUCAGCAGAGGAAGAGACGGCAGCGUGCGGCUAAAAAGAUCUGCAUCUUCAUCGGCUCCUUCAUCCUCUGCUUCUCACCGUACGUCAUCACCAGACUGGUAGAACUGUCGCCCUCUGUGCACGUACCUCGACACUGGGGCAUCGCCACCAAAUGCCUGUUCUUCACCAAGGCCUCCAGCGACCCGUUCGUCUACUGCCUCCUGCGGCACCAGUACAGGAAGGUCCUGGUUGGGGUCAUCAGCCGGGUCGUGAGGAAGGAUCGGUACUUCCUGUCCAUGAACAGCACAAGCAGCAUGUGGGACACCACGUAUGAAAACUGUCCUGUGAGGAUAACCUGAGCUGCUGGUUU